GGGCCCCAAAAGGCAAGGUAUAUAGGCAAGGUAUGAUUCUUCCGCAAACGUUUCUGUAGCAUCAGCUCUACGUCUCUCGUUUGUUCACCGGGAACAUUCCAACUUCCCUUAGUAUUUUAUUUUAAUCUAAUUCCACCACCUACUCGACCACCAUGCAUCUGUCAUUGACCGCAGCCAUUUUGGCUGUCGCCGGAUCCGCUAUUGCGCUUCCCCAGAACCCUGCUCCCGCCCAGGGCACGUCUCUUCCUUCGAAUGUCGACCUUCCUCCUGCUCUCCCGGUUGAAGACUUCAAGACACCCAAAUUCGCUCGCCCAUUGUCCCUCGACGAGGCCCUGCACGGUGUCAAUGCUACCGUCACCACCAUCGUCGAGAACAUCCAGGAUGCGAAAAACAGGCUCCCCGAGCUUGUUAUGCCGGACACACCUUCUUCCAAGAUCAUCACCGACCUGAUCCCCAACGUUGUCCCUUCAAGCUUCCCCAUUACUCCCCGCGAAUUGGAUGAAGAGCUGGAGCGGUUCGAGAAGAGGCAGAGCACUUGCUCUAACCCCCGCGUGCGUCGCGAGUGGGACUCCUACUCCGAUUCCGACCGACAGGCCUACGUCGAUGCUGUCAAGUGCCUGCAGAGCCGCCCAGCUUCCGGCCAGUUCCGUGUAUCCCAGAGCAGAUAUGAGGAUCUCGUCGCCCUCCACCAAACCCUUACUCCUAACGUCCACGGCAACGCCAAGUUCCUCCUCUGGCACAGGUACUACCUGUGGACCUUCGAGCAGAUGCUCCGCAGCGAUUGCGGUUUCAACCGCGAGCUUCCCUGGUUCGAUGAGACCAGGUAUGCUGGUCGCUUUGGUGCCUCUUCUAUCUUCAGCUCGCGAUGGUUCGGAAGCAUCAACAUCGGUGGUCGAUGCGUAACUGAUGGCCAAUUCGCCGGCCUCGCUAUCAACAUUGGUCCCGGCUCCGGCAACCAACGCCACUGCUUGGCUCGCAACGGAGACGACUCCAGGACCAUCAACACUGGCAACGCUAUCGUCGAUGCUUGCAACUCGCGCGGCUCGUACCCUGAUAUGGCCUCGUGCGCCGAGGGUGGUGCUCACGCUUGGGGUCACAACGGUAUCGGUUCCGUCAUGUCCGACACGUAUGCGUCGCCCGCCGACCCGGUUUUCUUCCUGCACCACGCUUUCAUCGACCGCAACUUCCGCAUCUGGCAGAACAACGGUGGUAAUGCGCGUGUGACACAGAUCUCUGGCUCCGACAGCCAAGGCAACGGCCUGAGCCUCGACACCACCGUCAACGUUUAUGAUUUCCGCCCUACUGUCCGCAUUCGGGAUAUCCUCAACACCGUCUCCUCCACCUUGUGCUACAAGUACAACUACUAAGCUAAUGUCAAAUAAUGUCCGAUAUCUAUCUCAUUUGUUAAUAGGUGGAAUGGGCAUAGCAUGGCAUGGCCGUGUAGCUGUAAUUAGACGGAUUUUGUCUUUUUCGCUGUAGAUAUUUAUACCAAAACAAGCCUUCUUUUCAUGACCCUUAGGGAACGUUGCUCC